CGCGUGGGACGCCAGCCUGCUUCUGUGCUGUAGCGAGGAAUAUUUUUCCGUUGCACUUCAGUUCUGUUUCAGCUCAUCUGCCGGACCUCUCUCAUUCUCACCCUUUAUGUCUUAGUGCCACUAGGCUCGUAGUUGUUUCAUUCUCGUAGCUGUACAUUUUUCAGCAACAUGUGGUGCUUCGUGUCGCGCCCGGAUUCCGUCCUGCUGGAGGUGGAACUAGAGCCGAAGGCCUGUGGACAGGAAUGCCUCGACAAGGUAUGCAAGAAGCUUGGAAUCGUAGAAGUCGAUUACUUCGGGCUGCAGUACUCGGGUGGCAAGGGCACCGACGCCCGACCACUGUGGCUCAACACCCGUAACCGCCUAAGCCGGCAACUGGACGGCCCACCGCCCUACCGUCUUCGGUUCAGAGUAAAGUUCUUCGUCCCACCUCAUCUCCUUCUUCAGGAGGCCACCAGACAUAUGUUUUACCUUCACCUGAAAGAAGAUUUGGCUGAAGGGAGACUGACUGCUCCUACCAACAAGGCAGCCAGGAUCGCUGCCCUGAUCGCACAAGCAGAGACUGGAGACUACGACUGCAACAAUGCAGAUCUGUACGCCAGCUGCUACCCUGCCUACCUACCAACGUGGUCCAACGACCUCCUUUCCGCCAUCGCCGCCGAGCACGACAAGAUUAGGGGCAUGAAGCGGGCAACUGCAGAAUACAACAUGGUCAAGGAGUGCUCCGAGCUGGAAGGUUACGGACAAGAGAACUACGCAGUGAAGGACAGCAGCGGCAUCAACAUGCACAUUGGAGUGGGACCAGAAGGUAUCCUCCUAAUGGACGAUGACCUGAAUACCAUUCAGAGUGUGCUGUUCACCCAGGUACAGAUGGCUACUCAUGCAGGGAAGUGCUUCUUUCUGACGAUACUGGAAACGACAGGGACAAACACAACUCUCGGGUUCAAGCUCCCAAACACGAAGAUGGCCAACGCCCUCUACCGAGCCGUGACGGAGAAACAUGCAUUCUACCGGUGUGAGACCGUGAGAAGCGCUGUCAUCACCCAGUUCAGCCGAGACUUUAAGGGCACGCUGGUGUCUCUGUUUAACGAGAACACAGUCGUGGGGAAAAAGUAUGUGUUUGACGUGCGCCGCACCUGCCGCGAGGUUUAUGAGGAGACCAGGAGAUUACUGUACACGCGGGGAAUGGCAGUGCAACUGCAGCCAGACACUGCAAACUCCUUGAACAAUCUGGCAGAAGGUUGUCGGUGCGACGACAUUGACUGUAGGUGUGGAUGUGUGGAAGCCGUGGAACUGCAGGAACGUAUUUGUAAGCUGGAGGAAGCGUUGUUGUGUCGGGUGUGUAUGGAUGAGGAGAUCAGUACGGUUUUCUCACCGUGCGGACAUGUUGUUUGUUGCGACGAGUGUGCAGCGUGUUUGGAAGUGUGCCCACUCUGCCGGACAGGGGUGGAACGGACUCAGCACAUAUUCCUGCCCGCACAGAUCUCUCGGCUGGACAUUGAAUCUUGCACACAACAGGGUAGAGACUCAUUACAGUGCUCUUUGGUGAGCACGUAAAUGGUGUAAAGAUGUGCCAAAGCAGUUGUCACAGAUAUGUAGAACAGUUGUACAGUGUAUCAGCCUAAGCUGAUGUCACAGCCAAACCAAACUUUCCUGUUUGUUGUAUUAUUUGUUAUUAGGUAAUCGUAGUAAGAGAAGGGGGGAGGUUUAACAAAUGUGCAGGUAUUUGUCGUUAUUACAUACUUAUGCUGUAAUGUUUGAUAUCACAAUGUUGCGAAAAAUAUGGACUAAAAAGACAUUCAAUUAAUGACUUUGUAUUCACCCUAAUUCAAAGGACCAACAAGACACAUAGAUGAUACAAAUGAUAGGGUUAGUUUGUUAUAUGUAUAGGAUAGCUGUAAAUGUGAUAACAGUUUUGUUAGAAAAUGAUUUGUUGCCAGAAUCAGCCAGUAUGCAGUCCAUUCAACAGUUGUCCCUUGAUUCCAUGAAAAAAGAUUGUAAUGAUUUGGUAUUGAAAAUUUGCACAAAGCCAGUCUCAAGUUGAAACACAGCAAAUUAAGUGGUUUUGUUGUUGUCCAUGUUGGAUGACAGCAAGACACAUAUUUAUGUAUUCUUUGAAGCUAAUCAAGAAAGAUUUAGCAGCAAGUGACACCCUGACUGUACUACCCUUUCUUUAAGAUGUCGCCUGAAUGUUCAAGUGUUGCCAGUAUUGGAUUUAACUUACUUGGAAAACUGUUGCGAAAGGUUUGGGUAGAGUUUAUUGUCAUCAUUGUCCUUGAGUUAAGCAGUACCUGGCUGUGCUUAUCCUUAGUAGUUAGAUAAAUUACCUAACUGCAAUACCCACUUGGUGUGGUCAGAGAAUGGGUGCAUUGUUAGCACCUGGAAAUCCCCAUUGUUGCAAUGGUAUUAUGUAUGAUCACCAUGUGUAUGAUAUUGUAGUGCGGACUGCAGAUCUUGGUUGGUCAUGAUUACAUAGGGAUUUUCGCUAAUGUUUUGCAAUGCACUCAAACCAGUUAUUAUGAACCUUACAGCCACCAGGGCUGUAUAUGUACAGUAGUAGGGGCAGUCGGAACCCUCUACUAAGAAGUAGCAAAUUGACUGAGUCUGCGAGGUGAUGUCAGGUAUACAUUUACUGCAGUACAACUCAUAGAAGCUAGGGGCUAUCUGUGUACUGCCCACACCAAGCCUGACAUAAUGUCCAGACUUUUAGAGAUCUAGGUCAAA